UUAAUAUUAUUUUUGCUGUUAAUACGUACUGCGUGCGUGUCCUCCAUGACUAUACAUCGUUUGUGUACAUUCGUUUUUAUUUUUUUUGCCGCAAUCGCACCUUGUCUUGUAGUAGUAUUUGCACAUGACAAUGUCGAAUUAUCUCAAGACGACGAAUUCUUAAUUACAAAAUCCUAUAAUCGCAACCACGACCAGAACAACAGCAACAGUCAUCACAACCACAAUCACCACAACCAUGACACUGAUCGGUACCAUGAGCACGACGACAGCGACGACAGUAAGAACGUUUAUCGCCAAGUAGAAGUACAGCACGAGACCCAUGAAAUAUACCCCAUUAUUGCCGAUAUCUCUUCAGCAGAGUUCCAAGUAUCGACUUCGUCCACAGGUGAUGAUGAUAGCAGCAAUACGGCUUUGAAAGAUCAAGAGAAUGAAGGACAGAACACACGACCUGGCAGUGCUUCGCUUACGGGUAAUGACGACGGCACAGUGUCCAGCGCCAACUCGAACCGUACACCGGAUUUCUCCAUGGAAGUCAGUGAACACGUUCGAGUCGAUUUGUUUUGUAUUAUCGACCCAUCGUUCUGCGAACGGGUGGCAGUGUCAUUGAGGGAUGCUGCAAGUCAGUUCAACCAGGUGGUCAAUGUUAAGAAUGAUUUAUUAAUACAAGCUACGUACUACAGCUUUUGUGAAAAGGGAUGCGCAAAUAAUACGUUUGGAUGGGGUGCCCCUUCUUCGCAGUUCACACUUCCUUUUGAAGAUGGUGCAGACUUGAAUUACAUUUAUCCGCAAGCAUUGGCGAAGCAACUGGCACCGUACAGCAAUACGUCUGCAUGGGCAAACCAUGAUAUUGCUAUCGAAAUUAAUCACGACGUAUACAUGAACUCUAUUAACUUUGAUAAGGCGUAUAAUGAUGGAUGGAACAACACGGGUGUUCCUCCAGGGGGAUUGUAUUACUUCCAGAACGAUACGAUUACAGCGGACCAGGUGGACAUACGAUACAUUAUCCUCCACGAGAUCCUACAUGGACUUGGGUUUAUUAGCUCAUGGGCAGCAUAUUUUGCCAAUGAGGCCUCACCAUUUCGAUCACUUAUUGAUGGGAUCAUUGAUCCAGACGAACUGCAACUCGUUACACCGAGUCCAUACUGGUACAUCAAACAGCAAACCGGUCCCAUCUUUGUCACAGGGUUCCAGCCAACCAUGAUAUUCGAUAAGUUUCUGUACAUCAGCAACCCACAGAGCAACACAUCGCGAGCCGAGUCGCUUGCAUCGAUUGGAUUUGACAUGCAAAAUUUCUGUGUACAGGACAAUCAGGCCUUCAUCAUCAACUUUGUGCAGGAGUUCAACCGGUCAAAUCAAUCACGGACGGCCAACCGGCUAUGGACAUCGAUGGGUGAAGAAGGUGCUUUGACGUUCCAUUUCCCGCCUGUUGCUGUGGACAAUAGCUCGUAUAUUACAAACCAGUAUCUGAACCAGACAUACACGGUGCCAAUGAAGCUACUGACAGGUGACCAAGCGCUGACGUCGCACAUGGAACUCUCGGACCGAAAUUUCCGACCUGGUAUUUCGAUUUCUCAUCUGGAAGGUUCAUACAAUAACACGCCAGAUUUUAUCAUGACUGCUUCAUACAUUCGUGGCGAACGGCUCGAAGAUAUCAUCGAGGAAACGUACAGCAAUGUGCCGGUGAUUUAUUACAAUGAAACGGUCAAUGGCACCACCACACAGCAUGAGUACAAGUCGGCGAUCGGCCCAGGUGUUUUACGCAUGCUCGACUCAAUGGGGUACAGCACUGUGCUCAGUAAAACCAACUACACGACAACCGGAAAUGUCAAAUCGGGUAAAAUCCCGUCCAUUUGUGAUGACAAAAACAACAACCAUGGCAUGGCGCAGGCUUCCAAGACUCCAACAGCAUCGGAUGCAGCUGCAUCGUCCAGUAUAAGCAUUGGGGAUGUGGCGUUGUGGGUGGUUGUGCUGUCAUCGGUUCUUUUGUUUUGAGUGGACAAACACACGCCCCUUUUUCUCCUCCCCUACUACUCUCUUCUUCUUCUUCCUAUCUAUCUCUACCGCUUUAUAUAUACAUACUUACAUAUAUCAUACACUCUCACAUAUAUACACUUUCAUCACCAUCCACAUUCUCUUCUGUUCUUCUCAACUGAACCCCCCCGAAAUAGCCCCUCGCUCGAAAACAACAACAACAACAACACCAACUCCUUCUUCAUGAUUCAUGACGCUUGUAUAUUUUCUUUUGUCUUCUUCUCCUUAACUGCCUCUUAUUUUGUUUGUGUUUAUUUGGUUCUUUUCUCUCUUACAUGAUCUUUGCAGCAACAAAAUAACGUUUGUUUUUAUUUGGGAUCAGUUAUCAAGAUGAUGUUGUUAUCAAUCUGGUACAUGAUAUUAAGAUUGAUAGGAUUCUCUUCUAUCAUAAAAAGUACUUCAUAUCAUCAAUGCAUAAUCAUAC